AUUGAGCUUGGAAGGGACAAGGGGGUCACCCGUUCUGCUCCUUCUCUUGAGUACACGGCCCAGAGGACUGGGGCCCCCGAUUGAUUCGCCGUGGGAAGAAGCCGCGGGGUGUCGGACCCCACGAGGAUUAUAAGACGUAAAGAGGCGAGGUGGGGAAACCUGGAGAGGCACCUCGACGCCCCGACACCAUGCGAGGAUUCCUGCUAUGCACCCUGCUGAUCCUGCUGCGGAUCCGUGUGGCCGGAGCCCAAGAUGAUGUCUCCCCAUAUUUCAAGACGGAGCCCGUCCGGACUCAAGUGCAUUUGGAAGGGAACCGCCUAGUGCUUACAUGCAUGGCGGAGGGCAGCUGGCCCCUGGAGUUCAAGUGGCUGCACAACAACCGAGAACUAACUAAAUUCUCCCUGGAGUACAGGUACAUGAUCACCAGCCUGGACCGUACUCAUGCUGGGUUCUACCGCUGCAUUGUACGCAACCGGAUGGGUGCCCUGCUGCAAAGGCAAACAGAAGUCCAGGUGGCAUAUAUGGGAAGUUUUGAAGAGGGUGAGAAGCACCAGAGUGUCUCCCACGGAGAGGCAGCUGUCAUCAAAGCCCCUCGAAUUUCCAGCUUCCCCCAACCUCAGGUCACCUGGUUCCGGGAUGGCCGGAAGAUUCCACCCAGCAGCAGAAUAGCCAUCACGCUGGAUAACACCCUAGUCAUUCUGUCAACUGUGGCUCCUGACGCUGGCCGGUACUACGUGCAGGCCGUUAAUGACAAGAAUGGGGAUAACAAGACCAGCCAACCCAUCACUCUCACCGUGGAAAAUGUAGGUGGCCCUGCAGAUCCUAUUGCCCCGACCAUCAUCAUCCCUCCCAAAAAUACCAGUGUAGUGGCUGGGACCUCAGAGGUGACCAUGGAAUGUGUGGCGAAUGCCAGGCCCCUGAUCAAACUGCAUAUCAUUUGGAAGAAGGAUGGGGUGCCAGUGUCAGGGGGAAUCAGUGACCACAACCGACGGCUCACUAUCCUGAAUCCCAAAGGCAGCAACACUGGCUACUAUGAAUGUGAGGCUGUCCUACGCAGCAGCAGUGUCCCUUCUGUGGUCCGGGGUGCUGUCCUUUCUGUGUUGGAGCCACCCCAGUUUAUUAAGGAGCCAGAGAGACACAUCACAGCAGAGAUGGAAAAGGUGGUGGACAUACCCUGCCAGGCAAAAGGUGUGCCAUCUCCUGUCACCACCUGGUACAAAGAUGCCACUGUCAUUGAUGUGAAGAAGCUGUCAAGGUUCCGACUGCAUGGAGAUGGGAGCCUGCAGAUCAGUGGACUGGUGCCUGAUGACACAGGCAUGUUUCAAUGCUUUGCCCGAAACUCGGCUGGAGAAGUACAGACUUCCACCUACCUUGCUGUCACCAGCAUUGCCCCCAACAUCACCAGAGGCCCGUUAGACAGCACAGUGAUUGAUGGCAUGUCUGUGGUGCUGGCAUGCGAGACAUCUGGGGCACCCCGGCCAGCUAUCACUUGGCAAAAAGGUGAGCGGAUCCUGGCUAGUGGCUCCAUCCAGUUGCCCCGCUUCACUCUCCUGGAGUCUGGCAGCCUGCUUAUCAGUCCCACCCGUAUCUCAGAUGCUGGCAGUUAUACAUGCUUGGCCACCAACUCACGGGGAGUAGAUGAGGCAUCAGCAGAUUUGGUCGUGUGGGCCCGGACGCGCAUCACCAUGGCCCCCCAGGACCAGAGCGUCAUCAAGGGCACCAAGGCCUUCAUGACAUGUGGCGUGACCCACGACCCCAGCGUGGCUGUCAGGUACAUCUGGGAAAAGGAUGGAGCAGUGAUUAGUGUGGACAGCACUCCUCGCAUGCGCCUGGACAAGAACGGCUCUCUGCACAUCUCACAGACCUGGUCAGGUGACAUCGGCACCUACACCUGCAGAGUCCUGUCUGCAGGAGGUAACGACUCCCGAAGUGCCUACCUGCGAGUCCGUCAGCUGCCCCAUGCACCUGAGCAUCCCGUGGCAACCCUGAGCACAGCUGAGAGACGCUCCAUCAAUCUGACAUGGGCCAAGCCCUUCGAUGGCAACAGCCCCCUGAUACACUAUGUUCUGGAGAUGUCAGAGAACAAUGCCCCCUGGACAGUACUUUUGCCUAGUGUGGAUCCUGAGGCUACUUCAGUGAUGGUCAAGGGCCUGGUUCCAGCACGCUCCUACCAGUUCCGUCUCUGUGCAGUCAACGACGUGGGGAAGGGGCAAUUCAGCAAAGACACAGAAAGAGUCUCCCUCCCUGAAGAGCCACCCACAGCCCCUCCUCAGAAUGUCAUCGCCAGUGGCCGGACCAACCAAUCCAUUAUGAUCCAGUGGCAACCUCCUCCUGAGAGCCAUCAAAACGGCAUUCUGAAGGGUUAUAUCAUCAGGUUCUGCCUAGCUGGGUUGCCUGUUGGGUACCAGUUUAGGAACAUCACAAAUGCAGAUGUCAACAACCUUCUCCUGGAGGAACUCAUCAUCUGGACCAACUAUGAGAUCUCAGUGGCAGCCUACAACAGUGCCGGCCUAGGCGUCUACAGUAGCAAAGUGACAGAGUGGACCUUGCAGGGAGUUCCCACAGUCCCCCCAGGCAAUGUCCGAGCUGAGGCCAUCAAUUCUACAACCAUCCGAUUCACUUGGAAUGCCCCGAGCCCCCAGUUCAUCAAUGGCAUCAACCAGGGCUAUAAGCUGAUUGCCUGGGAGCCUGAGCAAGAAGAAGAGGUUACCAUGGUGACAGCCCGGCCCAACUUCCAGGACAGUAUCCACGUGGGCUUUGUGUCAGGCCUGAAGAAAUUCACAGAGUACUUUACCUCGGUUCUGUGCUUUACCACACCCGGAGAUGGACCCCGCAGUUCACCCCAGUUGGUGCGCACCCACGAGGAUGUACCUGGCCCUGUGGGACACCUGAGCUUCAGUGAAAUCCUGGACACCUCCCUGAAGGUCAGCUGGCAAGAGCCUGGGGAGAGAAACGGCAUCCUCACUGGAUAUCGGAUCUCCUGGGAGGAGUAUAACCGCACUAACACCCGGGUAACACAUUACCUGCCCAACGUCACCCUGGAAUACCGUGUCACUGGCCUAACUGCCCUCACCACCUAUACCAUUGAAGUGGCAGCUAUGACCUCAAAGGGCCAAGGCCAAGUAUCAGCCUCUACCAUCUCCUCUGGGGUCCCUCCAGAACUCCCUGGAGCCCCCACCAAUCUGGGCAUCUCUAAUAUUGGCCCCCGCUCUGUGACAUUACAGUUUAGACCUGGUUAUGAUGGGAAAACAUCCAUCUCCCGAUGGCUGGUGGAGGCACAGGUGGGAGUGGUGGGUGAGGGAGAAGAAUGGCUACUCAUCCACCAACUGACUAAUGAACCUGAUGCCCGCUCCAUGGAGGUGCCCAACCUCAACCCCUACACCUUCUACAGCUUCCGCAUGCGCCAGGUGAAUAUUGUGGGCACCAGCCCCCCCAGCCAACCCUCUCGCAAGAUCCAAACCCUCCAAGCUCCACCAGACAUGGCACCUGCCAACGUGACCCUGCGUACGGCCAGUGAGACUAGCCUUUGGCUGCGCUGGAUGCCUCUCCCAGAAAUGGAGUACAACGGGAACCCAGAGUCAGUGGGCUACAAGAUCAAGUAUACCCGAUCCGAUGGGCAUGGCAAGACCCUGAGCCACGUGGUCCAUGACCGGAUCGAGCGAGAGUACACCAUCGAGGACCUGGAAGAGUGGACCGAGUACCGAGUGCAAGUCCAGGCCUUCAAUGCCAUUGGGACUGGGCCUUGGAGCCAGACUGUUGUGGGCAGAACUAGGGAAUCAGUUCCCUCCUCCGGUCCCACCAAUGUGUCUGCACUGGCUACCACCUCAAGCAGCAUGUUGGUACGCUGGAAUGAAAUUCCAGAGGCUGAUCGAAAUGGGCUUGUACUGGGCUACAAGGUAGUGUACAAGGAGAAGGAUUCUGACACUCAGCCUCAGUUCUGGCUUGUGGAAGGGAACUCAUCUCUCAGCGCCCAGCUCACUGGUUUGGGCCGAUAUGUGCUCUAUGAGAUCCAGGUACUGGCUUUCACCCGUAUCGGGGAUGGCACCCCAAGCUCGCCACCUAUCCUGGAGAGGACCCUUGAUGAUGUCCCAGGACCUCCCAUGGGCAUUCUUUUCCCAGAGGUGAGACCCACAUCAGUCCGGCUGAUUUGGCAGCCUCCAGCUGCCCCUAAUGGCAUCAUAUUAGCUUACCAGAUUACCCACAGGCUCAACACUACUACAGCCAACACUGCCUCGGUGGAGGUGCUAACCCCUAGUGCCCGCCAAUAUACAGCCACUGGUCUCAAGCCUGAAUCUAUCUACCUAUUCCGCAUCAUGGCCCAGACCCGUAAGGGCUGGGGGGAGGCAGCUGAAGCACUUGUGGUGACCACAGAGAAGAGAGACCGCCCACAGCCUCCUAGCAAGCCAGUGAUAAAACAGGAGAAUGUGAAGGCACGGAGCGUGCUGCUGUCCUGGGAGCCUGGUAGUGAUGGCCUUUCCCCCGUCCGCUACUACACCAUCCAGACCCGGGAACUCCCCAGUGGCAAGUGGGUCCUGCACUCCUCCUCCGUGACCCACAAUGCCACUUCAUUUGUUGUGGACAGGCUGAAGCCCUUCACCUCCUACAAAUUCCGAGUCAAAUCAACCAACGACAUCGGGGACAGUGAAUACAGUGAAGAAUCAGAAUCCCUCACCACGCUACAGGCUGCCCCAGAAGAAGCUCCCACCAUCCUCUCCGUCACCCCUCACACCACCACUUCAGUACUGAUCUCCUGGCAGCCACCAGCUGAAGACAAAAUCAAUGGGAUCCUGCUAGGCUUCCGGAUACGUUAUCGAGAGCUGCUCUAUGAAGGGUUGCGAGGCUUCACGAUGCGAAACAUCAAUAAUCCCAGUACCAAAUGGGCUGAGCUCACCUCUAUGUAUGCUGUGCGGAACCUGAGUCGACCCAGCCUCACGCAAUAUGAACUGGACAACCUAAGUAAGCACAAACGCUAUGAGAUCCGGAUGAGUGUCUACAAUGCUGUGGGGGAGGGACCGUCCAGUUCACCCCAGGAAGUGUUCGUUGGAGAGGCAGUGCCUACUGCGCCCCCACAGAAUGUAGCUGUCCAUGGUGCCACGGCCACGCAGCUAGACGUAACAUGGGAGCCACCUCCAUUGGAAGCACAGAAUGGGGACAUCCAAGGCUAUAAGAUUUAUUUUUGGGAAGCUCAGCGGAGGAACAGCACGGAACGACUCAAGACCCUCUUCCUGCCUGAGAAUGGCGUCAAGCUCAAGAACCUAACCGGCUACACGGCCUACCUGGUCACUGUGGCGGCUUUCAAUGCCGCAGGCGAUGGGCCGCAGAGUGCCCCCAGCCAGGGUCGGACCCAACAAGCAGCUCCCAGUGCACCUAGCACGGUCAAAUUCAGUGAGUUGACCACAACCUCAGUGAACGUGUCCUGGGAGCCCCCUCUCUUCCCCAAUGGCGUCCUUGAGGGCUACCGGCUAAUCUAUGAGCCUUGCACUCCGGUGGAUGGGGUCAGCAAGAUUGUGACAGUUGAUGUAAAGGGCAACAGCCCCUUGUGGUUGAAAGUGAAAGACCUAGCAGAGGGGAUGACCUACAGAUUCCGAAUCCGGGCCAAGACCUUCACGUAUGGGCCAGAAAUCGAAGCCAACAUCACCACAGGGCCAGGAGAAGGUGCUCCCGGACCCCCUGGAAUUCCCAUCAUCAUCCGGUACAGCUCAGCCAUCGCCAUUCACUGGUCUAGUGGAGAUCCUGGCAAAGGCCCUAUCACCCGCUAUGUCAUAGAAGCCCGACCCUCAGAUGAAGGGCUAUGGGACAUCCUCAUCAAAGACAUUCCUAAGGAGGUGACCUCAUACACAUUCAGUAUGGACAUCCUAAAGCAUGGUGUCAGUUAUGACUUUCGAGUCAUUGCUGUCAACGACUAUGGUUAUGGCACACCUAGCAGCCCAUCCCAAUCUGUCCCAGCCCAGAAAGCUAAUCCAUUCUAUGAAGAGUGGUGGUUCCUGGUGGUCAUCGCCCUGGUCGGCCUCAUAUUUAUUCUCUUGCUGGUCUUUGUCCUUAUUAUCCGUGGUCAGAGCAAGAAGUAUGCUAAGAAGUCGGAUUCUGGGAACAAUGCCAAAUCCAGUGCCUUGGGCCAUGGAGAGAUGGUGAGCUUGGAUGAAAGCAGCUUCCCAGCCCUGGAACUCAACAAUCGCCGUCUCUCGGUCAAGAACUCCUUCUGUCGGAAGAAUGGUAUCUAUACCAGGUCUCCUCCAAGGCCCAGCCCAGGUAGUCUCCACUACUCAGAUGAGGAUGUCACCAAGUAUAACGACCUGAUCCCAGCAGAAAGCAGCAGCCUGACGGAGAAGCCCUCUGAAAUCUCAGACUCUCAGGGAAGCGACAGCGAGUAUGAGGUAGACCAGAACCACCAAAAGGCCCACUCCUUUGUCAACCAUUACAUCAGUGACCCCACCUACUACAACUCGUGGAGACGGCAGCAGAAGGGUAUCUCUCGGGCCCAAGCCUACAGCUACACAGAGAGCGACUCAGGGGAGCCGGAGCAGGGCACCGUCGCUAACAACAGCGGCACCCAGCAGGGCAGCCUCUUCCGUCCCAAAGCCAGUCGGACUCCAACGCCUCAGAACUCUGCCAAUCCCCCCAGCCAACAGAGCACGCUCUACCGGCCCCCCAGCAGCCUAGCUCCUGGGUCCCGGGCCCCUAUCGCUGGAUUCUCAUCAUUUGUUUGAAGUUGGAAAGGAAAGGAAGAAAUGGUACAAGAUAAGUCCUCCUCCUCCUCACCUCCCCUCUUCCCUCUCCUAAAACAAAGCAAAACUCAGCGUCGAGUUGACUUUUCACCUCCCAACUUUAUUUUUCCAGAGAUUCCAGGGGCUAGCAAAACCUAAUCAUGAAAGGGAAGAGAGAAAGGAAAGAAAAAAAAAAAACAAGCAGAUAUGUGCUGUGGAAGACAAUCGAUCAAUCCUAGUUAAGGUUUCUAGGCGUUUGCUGCUUUGAGGGUUGCACAGAGAUGAAGAAGAGAGCCCAGUGUCCACAGGGUAGCAAAGUUCAGUCCAGACCCCUACAGAGACGGGGAGAGAAAUGAGAAAACUAAGAAGCAGUUAGUUGGGACGCUAAACCCUUCUCCGCUGCAGAGCACAGGAUGACUGUCCCUGGCCUCCAUCCCCCUUCUCCUUUCACUCUGACACUUGGGGUACAGUGUUGGGACAUGGAGUUGCCAAUGCCCACACCAACAUUUGCUGCCUUUCUCCACCAAGAUGGGAAUUCUUCAAGCCAAAGCCCCACCUUUCUCCAUCCCCUCUUACCCUGGGUGGCUUUGCUAAUUCCUCAAGGGUAGGUUGGGGUGGAGUCAAAAUGGAUAAAAGAGGAGAGGGGUGGGGAGAGACCAUGGUCCAUUAGCUUGAUCCUCUGAGGGUCUGGGAAACUAGACAAUGUGAGGACUCAGGGUGAGUGGUCUUUGGGCAGAAGAUACUGGGCUCUAUAUCUAUAGCCUUCAGAGUGCUGUCAAAGCCAACCCUGGGAUAGGCCCCUUUUCCUCCCUGUAUGUGCCCAUGCUCUGGUCUUCCCUGGAUGAGGCUCUGGUUCAA